AGCUGCAAUAUUGUAAAAUAAUUUACACUUGACAACUAAGAUAAACUACCCACUUCCAUUUUAAGAAUAGUUUUCUUGGCAAGUGCCCGUGAAGAGCACCCAAUGGGGCAUAAGAGUCGCUAUUGGUUGUCCACAUCAAAUUAGUUUCGGAGUCUUUUCAGUUCACACUGCGUUCAAAGGCAUUUGUGCAAGUCUAUUUUUCUGUCUAUAUAUCGCUUGAAGGCAAGAGUUAAAUCUACUAUUCUGUUUCUCUCCGAGUCACAAGCAGAAAGAGUUGAAGAGAAACCAACAGAGAAGAUAUAUAUGAUGGAGGACCAAAGCCUUGAUUUUAUCAGCAACUUGCCUCUCGAAAUUCAGCAACAAAUCUUUUCAUUCAUCACUUUGAAAGAGGCGGUGAGAACUAGCAUUCUCUCAACUGCAUGGAAGAGCCUCUGGACGCCAUUUGAAGUAGACUUGGGCUCUGAUUCAAAUCAAACAACCAAUCAUGAAGCUUGCGAAAAGCUAACGCAAGCCAUGGCUAUGUUCUUGAGAUCUUGGAAUGGUCCAGAGCGAUGGAAGUUCAGUCUCAGCAUCCACGACAGAGAGGACGAUGAUCUGAUUUUCUCCGCAAUCAAGGGUGCAGAGAAAGAGGUUCAUCUUGACUUCUCUGGAAGAAAGCAAUUAACAAGCAAUUUCAGUUUGAUAUUGGAGCCAAGUGGUCCAAUUUCUUUGAAUCAACCCAUCGAUACAUCCAGGUUUUCUUCUCUCGGGACUCUGCAUCUUCGAUCGGUAAACCACCUAGCCAAGAACUUGGUUUCAGAUUUUUUCUCCAAUUGUCUGCUUCUUGAAAGCUUGAAGGUUGAGAAAUGCAAUGGACUACAGAGUAUAAAUAUCAAAGCAAACCACUGUCUUCAGAGCUUUAUAAUAGAAGACUGUCCAGACAUGGAAAGUGUCACACUCUCUGCAUAUAAUCUCAAGUCCUUCUGGUACAGAGGAGUUCUUCCUCAAAUUCAUCUGAAAAACACUGCACACUUGGUCGAUGUAAUACUCGAUUUGAGAGGAGGUUUAGGCCUCAAUGAGUUUGAUUGCGAAGAUGUUGUAGAUCUUCUAGCCUCAAUCAAGGACAUUGAGAGUCUCACAAUAAGUGGCUGGCUUCUUGAGUGGCUGUGUGCAGCAGGAGUGAUUUAUGGAAAACUGGAAUUUAAAUUCAACAAGUUAAAGGAGUUGUGCUGGAUUGGUUCUUCAAUGGACGGAGCAAAGCGAAAUUCUCUGGCGUGCUUCUUAAACAUAUCACCUUUCUUGGAGAAGUUGAUAGUCAAUGUUGACAAAAGUUGCAUCUCUAUCCCAUGUCCAUUUUUCCACCAAUUCUGGCACGAGCCGCACUUGUGCAUGGAUUGCGAAACCAAUUAUAAAGCAUCACAGCUCAAACAACUAAAAAUUGUUAAGUUGGCGGGUUUUACAAGCGAAGAUGAUCAAUUCUUGUUAAUAGAUUUUUUACUCAAGAAGGCAGCUUAUCUUGGGUCAAUGAUUGUAACUUCACCGGAGAAUCAAUCAUGGCGCAUUUUUAAGAUCCCACAAAGUCAGCUAAAGCAGACGGUGAGGUGCUAUUCAAAACAAGUUGGGAUUUCUUCUGCAAACAACGAUUGCUUUUUUGGAUUAACAGAAGUAGACAACAACAAUUAAGGGCUUGUCUCUCUGCCAAAGGGUUUAUGCUUGUAGUGUUUGGACUUCGUUAAAUUUUGAAUGUAGGAAAAUUGUAUUCCCACAUGGGAAAAGAAAUACAAUGUUCUGUUUUGUGCA